AUGUGGUUAGACAGACUAAAUCAAUGGUCUAAAGGUUCAUCUAUUUUUGAUUCUGAGACUGAUCUACUUUUUUCCCUCCAAAGCAGCUUAGAUGCUUUGGAUAAGGAAAGGGCUAUCAUCAGAGAAUGUUUCUUGGACCUUGGUUCAUUUCCUGAAGACAAAGAAAUCCCCGUUGAUGCCCUCAUUGAUAUAUGGUCCGAGUUAUAUGAAAUUGAUGAAGACACUUCAUGUAUUGCAAACCUCUAUGAACUCAACAAUCAGAGUCUUGCUAAUCUUAUAGACAACAGGUAUUUAUUACCUGAAUUUCCAGAGAUUGUAGUUGGAUUGGAAGCUCCUUUGAAGGAUUUGAAGACAAAGCUCCUUGGGAAUGAUGGAUUAUCAAUGCUUGUGCUCACUGCUCCCGGUGGAUGUGGGAAAACUACCUUGGCAGCAAACUUUUGCAAAGAUAAGGAAGUCAAAGAUAAAUUCGGCAAAAAUAUCUUCUUUGUCACUGUUUCGAAGAAGUAUAGCUUAAAUUCUAUUGUAGUACAACUAUAUCGACAAAAGGGUUCUCAAGUUCCUGCUUUCCAAAAUGAAGUGAAUGAAGUUCAGUGGCUACAAACAUUUUUGAAGGAAGAAGGAGAGAAACCUUCACUGUUGGUCUUGGAUGAUGUUUGUCCUCUAUAUCGUUUAAACAUGUUGGAUAAUGACGAUGCAAUGAAAUUGUUUAGUCAUUCAGCAUCAUUGAAUGAUAAGAGCUCUCAUAUUCCAGCACAUCUUUCAAGAAAGAUAGUAGAGCGUUGUAAGGGAUUUCCACUUGCCAUUACAGUGGUGGGCAGAUCGCUUUGUGCACAACCUAUAGAGAUGUGGCUAGACAGACUAAAUCAAUGGUCUAAAGGUUCAUCUAUUUUUGAUUCUGAGACUGAUCUACUUUUUUCCCUCCAAAGCAGCUUAGAUGCUUUGGAUAAGGAAAGGGCUAUCAUCAGAGAAUGUUUCUUGGACCUUGGUUCAUUUCCUGAAGACAAAGAAAUCCCCGUUGAUGCCCUCAUUGAUAUAUGGUCCGAGUUAUAUGAAAUUGAUGAAGACACUUCAUGUAUUGCAAACCUCUAUGAACUCAACAAUCGGAGUCUUGCUAAUCUUAUAGACAACAUGUAUUUAUGUAUGUUUCUGUUGCAUGUAUGA